AUGACAUCGGCAAAACGGACUUAUGCAGUGAUUCGUGCUGUAUACGACAAUCACCAUUCGACCGAUGAUUUUGAACGUGAAUUGGACUUUGUUCUCACUCGCAAAGUGGGCAUGGUUAUUAUCGAGCCGGAAACCCUGGGCGAGUUGACAUGGCGAUGGAUCCGUACCGGGAACUGGUUGCAUAAAACAGCCGUGAUAUGCGGUAUGUCCGCUUUAGCCACGGCUGGACUCGGCCUCACAUGGAAUUCCUUGGUCGUCAAGUCGUCUCAUUUGCUUCCCAUCAGUUUAGAUUCCCAUUGGUGGUUGUCCAGUGUCAAAACAGAGGCGGUGCUUUUCGAUUUCACUCCGCGUCUUCUCCGAAUGAGUUUGACUGUGCUGAGUGGAAUCAGUGCAACCGCUGCCGGAUUCUACGCCCUGUUCUGGCAGUGGGAUCCAUGUUGUAAAUAUCAAGUGGCCUCCUCACUGGCCGCACUCCCACGCGGUGUAACCUCGAUUGUUCACGCGAACGGUCACACGCCACGGGAAGCUACCGGUUCCUCAUCCUCACCCACAUGGCCCAAUCCACGUACCAGUCCGAACGGUGGAUCCAGUACAGCGAGUAACGGUGCGAUUCGCUCGCGGCCCGUGAUUGUUGAGAACUGGGCAGCCGGAUCUGGCGGUCCACCACUGCGCCCCGUGGUCCUCGUGCAUCGAGAUGACGGGCGACGCAAACUGUUGCACAACACUGUGGCCCUUAUGUCCACUCUGGUGACUGGUUAUGUGCUCUACCAGUGGUCUCGAUCGACCAUAUCAUGA